AUGGUUACAACUAUUCUAUUCCAAAUGACUCUGAUCAGAAAUUCAAGUUCAGCUACUAUUGUUACCGAAUCAACCUCCAUUGGUUACAACUCAUCUAUACCUUCUGGUUCAACUAGUGGAUCUUACAUAUACUAUACUGCAGGUGAAUCCUCAUCUGUUGGUCUCAACUCAUCUACUUCAAGUGACUUGAUUAGUGAUUCAGGUUCAGCUACUAUUGUUACCGAAUCAGCCUCCAUUGGUUACAACUCUUCUACUCCAAGUGACUUGAUCAGUGAUUCAGGUUCAGCUACUAUUGUUACUGAAUCCUCAUCUGUUGGUUACAACUCAUCUACUCCAAGUGACUUGAUCAGUGAUUCAGUUUCAGCUACUAUUGUUACUGAAUCCUCAUCUGUUGGUUACAACUCAUCUACUCCAAGUGACUUGAUCAGUGAUUCAGUUUCAGCUACUAUUGUUACUGAAUCCUCAUCUGUUGGUUACAACUCAUCUAUUCCAAGUGACUUGAUCAGUGAUUCAGUUUCAGCUACUAUUGUUACCGAAUCAUCCUCCAUUGGUUACAACUCUUCUACUCCAAGUGACUUGAUUAAUGAUUCAGUUUCAGCUACUAUUGUGACUGAAUCUUCAUCUGUUGGUUACAACUCAUCUACUCCAAUUGACUUGAUCAGUGAUUCAAUUUCAGCUACUAUUGCUACCGAAUCAUCCUCCAUUGGUUACAAUUCUUCUACUCCAAGUGACUUGAUCAGUGAUUCAGGUUCAGCUACUAUUUGUUACCGAAUCAGCCUUCGUUGGUUACAACUCAUCUAUACCUUCUGGUUCAACUAG